AUGGACGAGCAGCAAUCAUCUCCUGCCAAUACGGAGAACACCAGCCAGAGAAAUGGAGAUGAGAAGACAAGACGUUCCAACUGGAGUAAAGGCAGGAAAAGAAAGAAGCCUAUGAAGGACAGGAAUGCACCCAAAGCACCGUUGACAGGCUACGUUCGCUUCAUGAACGACCGGCGCGAGCAGCUGAGGGCCGAGCGUCCAGACGUGCCCUUCCCGGAGAUCACCAGGAUGCUGGGUAACGAAUGGAGCAAGCUUCCUACAGAGGAGAAGCAGCGAUACCUAGACGAGGCAGACCGCGACAAGGAGCGCUACAUGCGGGAGCUGGAGAAGUACCAGAAAACGGAGGCGUACAAACAUUUUACCAGGAAGGUCCAGGAGAAGCAGAAGGGCAAGAGACACAGAGAGAGGUCAGCCAAACAGUCAUUACACAAUCACCAGAAGGAUGCAGAAGGGAAGGACAGAACAGUGUUUGAUAUCCCCAUAUUUACAGAGGAGUUCCUUAACCACAGCAAAGCUCGAGAGGCUGAGAUGCGGCAGCUACGCAAGACCAAUAUGGAAUAUGAGGAACGCAACGCGGCACUACAGAAGCACGUGGAGAGCAUGCGUGGCGCCGUGGAGCGUCUCGAGGGUGAUGUGAUGCAAGAGAGGGGGCGUAACAGCCUGCUCCACCAGCACCUAGACACCUUGCGACAGGCGCUCGCUGCCAGCUUCGCCUCUGUGCCUCUGCCAGGCAGUGGAGAGAUGCCUACCCUGGAUUCCAUUGACUCAUACAUGAAGAAACUGCACAGCAUCAUCAUGAGCAACCCGCAAGAACACGAAAGCCUCAUCAACACUGUGAGAGAACUGGUCAAUCGUCUGGACAGGUAG